GUGCGGCGCAUGUGUUGGAUCUGUGACCGAGGACUUCACUAGAGAAGCCUCUCACGCUUUCCUGAUUCCCCCCCUCACUGCGAGAAGAAGCGAAGGGGCUGCUGUGCACAGAGGCGGGCUGUGGCUAUUGCAGUCUAUGCUGCAUUCAGAAGGAACAGCGAUGUGUGAAGUUGCGAGCUCCGGGAACGCCGGGAUGUCUGCUGGGCUCAGUUCUUGAGGCUUUGGGCUUUUUUAUCUUUGCCUUUUGCAGAAGUGGGAACCUGACUCCGGGCUUGUUAUCUCAGAGCCGUGAUACAUAUCUCUAUAGUGCCUGAGUAGGAAGCGGUAGAUAGGAAUAGCAGGAGGAGUUAGAACCAUGCCUGUGACGGUACCAGGAGAGCGCGGCGGAAUGUAGAGGAGCAGAUCCCAUUGCAGAUUAGGAACAUGCCUGACUGCACUUAAGUCACAUUACUGUGAGGCAGCUCCGUGUUGUAUAGUAACGUGCUGGAGAUGAAUGGAUGAGUCGGAAUGUACAAUGGAUAUAAGGAAUAAACGCACGCUAUAGGACCAGCCAGGGUGGUCAUGCUGGAUAAGAUUAAAAAUAAACAUCCAGAAGUCAUGAGAAGCAGAGUGGCCAUUUGAGCUUAUGUGGCCCUGCCAUAGGACUUGAUUUGUAACACAAGUACACGUGUGUUCGGUUCUGCUACACAGCUGUAUGUAUGUGUUGUGGACAUACAAAUAAUUCUCAGGAGCCAGCGUCAUAUUUUUCGUGAAGAUAGGUUAAUAUAAAGUUCCCCUGAUGGUUUCUGCCCUAUUAAAGAGCCUAAUCUUCUCUCAUAUAUAUAAGAUUUGCAAAGGAAUGUUUACAAAGAAAUUGGGAAAUCCUACAAAAAAGAAAGAAAGUCCAAGCAAAAAGGAUCAGGAAAUUUCCCAAUUUGGCCUAUCCAAGAAUCCAAAUAUUUCAACGACCAUAAAAAGUACAGUCAAAAAAAUUGCCAAGUGUUCUUCUUCCUGCAAUUUAUCAACUGAAGAGGAUAAUGUGAAGAAGGAGUUUUCACUUUCUCCAACAUUCAGUUAUAGAGUAGCAAUUGCAAAUGGGCUACAAAAAAAUCCUAUUCUAGUUGGCAAUAAUAAUGAGGAUGCACUUCAAGAAAUAUCUUCUCUUGAUAGUUCAUGUUCUGAAUCAUUAAGUGAAACAAGGGCUGGUAGUACAACCAAGGAAUACGCAUCACACACCAUGCCAGUGAGACGCAACAGAAAAAGCAUGAAUAGCCUGGCUCCGUCUGACGGAAGCUCGGAUGGAGAACGUACAUUACACAGUCUAAAAAUGGGUGCUUUACGCAAACUUAGAAAGUGGAAGAAGAGUCAAGAGUGUGUAUCCUCAGAUUCUGAAGUUAGCACAUGGAAAAAAACAUGGGGCUUACGGAGCAAGUCUUUAGACAGAACAGUCCGUCAGCAAAAAACCAAUACACUAGAACCUGGCUUUAGCUCAACCGGUUGCAUAAGCCAAACACAUGAUGUCAUGGAAAUGAUCUUUAAAGAACUGCAAGGCAUAAGUCAAAUUGAAACUGAACUUUCUGAGCUAAGGGGACACGUCAAUUCUCUAAAGCAAUCAAUUGAUGAAAUUUCUAGCAGCGUUGAAGUUGUGCAAAGUGAAAUUGAGCAGUUACGGACAGGAUUUGUACAGUCAAGAAGAGAAACAAGAGAUAUCCAUGAUUAUAUUAAACAGAUAGGCCACCAGGGUAAUAAGGUCUGUCUUAGAUUUUUAAAUGUGCCUGAAGAAAAAGGGGAAGUUUGUGAAAAUGUUGUUUACAGAAUUUUAAUAGAAAAAAUGGGAUUCUUGGAUGCACAAAACAGCAUGAAAAUUGAACUUGCACACAGGCUCGGUCAACAAAGAGACUGUCCAAACGCAAAGCCUAGACAAAUUCUUGUCUAUUUUGGUACACAACAAGAUAGAGAUCUAGUUCUAAAAAAAUGUUACAAACUAAAGGGAACUGGAAUUGGGGUUUCUACAGAUAUUCUUUCACAUGACUUGAAAGUUAAAAAAGAAAAGGCCCUGCCUUCUUCUCAGACAUAUGAGAGUAUGGAUAUGAAAUUUUCUUCCAUGGAGCCAAAGAUUAAUCAUGAUGAAUGGGAAUCUCAUGAUGACAGUGAUAAAGACUUAGAGCCUGACAUAAAUAGGAAUAGUUAUGCAGUGGUCUCUAAAUCUGAUGUCCAGAUGAAGUCAAGUGGAAGCAAAAGAAGUGGGCAGUCAUCACAUAAUAGAAAGUCUCACAAAACAUCCAAUGAGUCCACAUAUAAAAGCAAAGAUGAUUACGGAGAUCUUAAUUUUCAGUCGCCAGGUUCUGAUAACUUGGAAAAAAACAAAAUGUAUUACAGUGAUUCGACUCCCUUGUGGCAUUCACAAACAGAUUUUUCCACACCAAAACUGAGUCGCUCAGAAUCAGAUUUUUCUAAAUUAUGUCAAUCCUAUUCUGAAGAUUUUUCUGAAAACCAGUAUUUCAUUAGAACCAAUGGGAGUUCUCUGUUGUCUUCUUCUGACCGCGAGCUGUGGCAAAGAAGACCAGAGGACAAUUCAUCGAACUGGUAUGUAAACUCACAAGAGCAAGCUUACAGUAAUGAAGCAGAGCCUUAUCCUGAGGAAAAUGAAAUUGAGAACACUGAAACUGUUGACAGCGGUGUCAGCAAUGGAAUACUUUGUGCUUCUGGAGAUCGAAGUCACUAUAGCGAUUCUCAGCUAUCUUUGCAUGGUGAUCUGUCACCCUGGAAAGAAUGGCAUCAUUUAGAGCACGGUACAGACUCUGGUCUUGAUACAUGUACACAACACGCUUUUGCCUAUAAUGUUAACUGUCCUACAGAUGAACAGGUGGAAAUUCAUGAAAGCCAUUAUGAAAAGUGCCAAAGUACAGAACUUCCAUAUAAUACGGAAAACUACAGUUACACACUAGAUAGCAAUUCUCCAUCCUGCCCUGAAAUAUGCACAGUAGCACAAAAUCAGUGGACUGGUGAAUAUGAUUCCUAUAGUGAAACAAAUGCCAAUGAACUUUAUCAGAACCAAUCAAGAAUGCCCAUGAUGUACCGUAGUCAGAGCGAAUUGCAAAGUGACGACUCUGAGGAUGCUCCACCAAAAUCGUGGCAUAGCCGUCUCAGCAUUGAUCUUUCUGAUAAGACUUUCAGCUUUCCCAAGUUUGGCUCUACUCUUCAGCGUGCUAAAUCAGCCUUGGAAGUUGUGUGGAAUAAAAGCACUCAGAGUUUAAGUGGCAAUGAUGAAAGUGGUUCCUCAUUUAUGGGCAGAUUUCGGACUUUGUCCCAGUCUACUGCUAAUGAGUCUAGCACAACCCUAGAUUCUGAUGUGUACACAGAACCCUACUAUUACAAGGCUGAUGAUGGAAUUAAUUAUAGUGAGUCUGUAGCUGAUAAUGACAAUGGAGCUGAUUAUGUAGAGGUAAUGGAACAAGUUCUUGCCAAACUUGAAAACAGAACAAAUACAAAUGAAAAUUUUGAGCAGAUCGAAGAUUACCAAGAGUAUGAAAACAAUUCAUAUGACGUCGAUUUUGCCAACCUACAAAUGGAUGAAUACGACACUCUUUUUGAUGACUUGGCUCCUGAGGAUAUAUUACAACCUGAAUGUGAAAUAGAUUAUGACCUGGCAGAGAAUGAUGAUGAAAACAAAAAUGUACCCGAGAUACUGAUCGAGGUUCCAAAGAAAAGACGUAUCCGGCCAAGCUUCAAAGAGGCUGCCUUCAAAGCAUACAGGAAAGAAAUGGCUGAUCUUGAAGAAAGAAUCCUUGCAGGAGAUAGCAAAGCUAUGGAUGAAAAGGCACGGAUAGUUGGGGGCAGUACUUUGGAUGCAUCAAAACUUUACGAAAUACAGACAUCUGGAGGACCUGGCAGUGGGCUAUAUGGAAUUGACAGUAUGCCUGAUCUCCGGAGGAAGAAAACGUUACCCAUUGUCCGAGAUGUGGCAAUGACAUUGGCUGCGCGGAAAGCUGGUAUAUCUCUUGCAAUGGUUAUCCGGACAUCUGCCAACAAUGAGGAACUGAAAGCUCAUGUUUUCAAAAAGACGUUGCAAGCUCUUAUUUAUCCAAUAUCAUCCACUACUCCUCACAACUUUGAAGUAUGGACGGCAACAACACCGACAUACUGCUACGAGUGCGAAGGCCUGCUUUGGGGAAUAGCAAGACAAGGCAUGAGAUGCACGGAGUGUGGCGUCAAGUGUCAUGAAAAAUGUCAAGACCUCCUUAACGCUGACUGCUUGCAAAGAGCAGCAGAGAAAAGUUCCAAGCAUGGAGCAGAGGACAAAACCCAACAUAUAAUUAUGGCAAUGAAAGAAAGGAUGAAGAUCAGAGAAAGGAACAGACCAGAGGUUUUCCAGCUUAUUCAGGAGUUUUUCCAAAUAUCGAAAGAAGAUUUUACACAGUAUACAAAGGCAGCUAAGCAAAGUGUUCUGGAUGGAACGUCCAAAUGGUCAGCCAAAAUCAACAUCACUGUGGUUUCCGCACAGGGGUUACAAGCCAAAGACAAAACAGGUUCCAGUGAUCCAUAUGUGACAGUCCAAGUUGGAAAAACCAAGAGGAGAACCAAAACAAUAUUUGGAAAUUUAAACCCAGUGUGGGAUGAAAAAUUUCAUUUUGAAUGCCACAACUCCACAGACCGAAUAAAAGUGAGGGUUUGGGAUGAAGAUGAUGAUAUAAAGUCCAGGGUAAAACAACACUUCAAGAAAGAGUCAGAUGACUUCCUCGGGCAGACGUUUGUAGAUGUGAGAACGCUCAGUGGAGAAAUGGAUGUCUGGUAUAAUUUAGAGAAAAGGACAGAUAAAUCUGCUGUCUCAGGUGCAAUCAGGAUGAAAAUCAAUGUUGAAAUCAAGGGAGAAGAGAAUGUGCCGCCUUACCACAUACAGUACACUUGUUUGCAUGAGAACUUAUUCCACUACCUGACAGAAGUUCAGAAUAAUGGCAGCGUUAAGAUCCCUGAAGUAAAAGGAGAUGAAGCCUGGAAGGUGUACUUUGAUGACGACGCACAAGAAAUAGUGGAUGAAUUUGCAAUGCGCUAUGGAAUAGAGUCUAUUUAUCAGGCAAUGACGCAUUUUUCCUGCCUGUCUUCCAAAUACAUGUGCCCAAGUGUCCCUGCUUUCAUGAGCACCUUAUUGGCAAAUAUAAAUGCUUUCUAUGCUCACACAACAGCCUCAACAAAUGUUUCCGCUUCAGACCGCUUUGCUGCUACAAAUUUUGGGAGAGAAAAGUUUAUAAAACUGUUGGAUCAAUUGCACAACUCCCUGCGAAUCGAUCUUUCAAAAUACAGGGAUAAUUUCCCUGCUAGCAACUCUGAAAGGCUCCAGGAUUUGAAGUCAACAGUGGACUUGCUAACAAGCAUCACCUUUUUCCGCAUGAAGGUUCUUGAACUUCAGAGUCCUCCAAGAGCCAGCACCGUGGUGAAGGACUGCGUGCGUGCCUGCCUAGAUUCCACGUAUAAGUAUAUUUUUGUUAACUGCCAUGAGCUUUACUCACAAUUACUGGACCAGGGUAAGAAACAGGACAUUCCGCGUGAAGAACAAGGCCCAACAAUCAAAAACUUGGAUUUCUGGCCCAAUCUCAUUACUCUAAUGGUCACUAUUAUUGAUGAAGAUAAGACUUCAUAUACUCCCGCUUUAAACCAGUUCCCACAGGAGCUGAAUAUGGGUAAACUGAGUGCAGAAGUGAUGUGGAGCCUAUUUGCCCAGGAUAUGAAGUAUGCUAUGGAAGAACAUGAAAAGCAUCGUCUUUGCAAGAGUACAGAUUACAUGAAUUUGCACUUCAAAGUAAAAUGGUUUUAUAAUGAAUAUGUUCGAGAGCUUUCUGCAUUCAAGGAUUCCGUCCCGGAAUAUUCUCUGUGGUUUGAACCAUUUGUUAUUCAGUGGUUGGAUGAAAAUGAAGAUGUGUCAAUGGAAUUUCUCCAUGGAGCUCUAGGAAGAGACAAAAAAGAUGGAUUCCAGGCAACAUCUGAGCAUGCCUUGUUCUCCUGCUCAGUUGUUGAUAUCUUCACUCAAUUAAAUCAAAGCUUUGAGAUUAUCAAGAAAUUGGAGUGCCCUAAUCCGGAAGCCCUUUCUCAUUUAAUGAGAAGAUUUGCAAAGACCAUGAACAAAGUGCUUCUUCAAUACGCUGCAAUUAUAUCCAAUGAUUUCCACUCUUACUGCGGCAAAGAAAAUGUGUCCUGUAUUCUGAUGAACAACAUCCAACAACUGAGAGUUCAGCUGGAAAAAAUGUUUGAGAAUAUGGGAGGCAAAGAGCUGGAUCCUGACGCCAGUGCGAUGCUGAAAGAACUGCAAGUGAAGCUAAGUUCAGUGCUUGACGAGCUCAGCUGCACAUUUGGGGCAAGUUUCCAGAACAUAAUUGAGGACUGUGUGAGACAAAUGAGUGUGGAAUUAAAUCAGAUGAGAGGGAAUGGAAAUGCAUCCACAAACAGGAACAAUGCAGCCGUGGAUGCUGAAAUCGUUUUGCGCCCAUUGAUGGAUUUCCUAGAUAAAACGUUAUCGGUCUCAGCAAAAAUAUGCGAGAAGACUGUGCUAAAACGCGUUUUAAAAGAGUUAUGGAAGCUAGUGCUUAAUAAAAUUGAAAAGCAGAUUGUGCUGCCACCUCUAACAGAUCAAACAGGGGCUCAAAUGAUUUUCAGCGCAGCUAAAGACCUUGGACAGUUGUCUAAAUUAAAGGACCAUGUCAUUCGCGAGGAAGCCAGAAGCCUCACACCUCGGCAGUGUUCAGUUAUGGAGGUUGUGCUAGCCACAAUUAAGCAAUACUUUCACGCUGGAGGAAGCGGCCUGAAAAAGAAUUUCUUGGAGAAGAGCCCAGAUCUACAAUCACUGAAAUACGCCCUCAGCCUGUACACUCAAACUACUGAUGCUUUGAUUAAGAAAUUUAUAGAUACACAGACAUCUCAAGGUCUGUCCACAGAAUCCUCUGUAGGAGAAAUUUCAGUCCAAGUCGAUAUCUUCACUCAUCCUGGAAAUGGAGAACACAAGAUCACAGUAAAAGUUGUGGCACUCAAUGGGCUGAUUUGGCAGACUACAGCUAUGUUUCGGCCUUUUGUUGAAAUCUAUGCAUUAGGACCCAGCCUCAGUGACAAGAAAAGGAAAUUUUGUACCAAGACAAAAAGCAACACCUGGUCACCUAAGUACAACGAGACUUUCAACUUUGUUCUAAGUAACGAAGAAGGCCCAGGGACUUAUGAACUUCACCUGUGCGUGAAGGAUUACUGCUUUGCCCGAGAAGAUCGCAUUAUAGGAAUGACAGUCAUCCAGCUGAAGGGCAUUGUAGAGAAAGGAAACUGUGCAUCCUGGUAUCCUCUGACAAAAAGCAUCUACAUGGAUGAAACUGGACUGACAAUCCUGCGAAUACUAUCUCAGAGGUCCAAUGACGAGGUCGCCAAGGAGUUUGUAAAACUUAAAUCAGACAUUCGGUCUCCAGAAGAGAUCUAGAACACUGCUGCAGCAUAGACAUCACCUAACAGAACUAUUUUAAAUACAAACAUAUUGAUACAGUGUUGUUGUUUGGAUAGUGUAUGCAUGUGCAAAUCAGUGGGAAUGUUUAUUCAAUAUGUUUCAGUGUUUGCUAGUACACCAGUACUAUACUUGCAAGGCGUGUUGAAGAAGAAAUGUACUUUCUUUUUAUAUAUAACAGACAUUGGGCAAGGACUCGUUCCCAUAAAGUGCCAAAACCUACACCUAAAACUGAAAUAAGCUCAUGUUAUUUUUUAGUAACUUCUUUUUCCUACCGAUUUCCAACAUGGUUGCGUACUAAACUAUUGGUUAAUGAGUUGUAUUUGUUAAAUAAAUGUGUGUCUCUGUGCAGUUGUUUUAUUUAAUUAUCUCCCAACAUGUUAUUCAUAAUCAUAAUGUUGCUGCUGUAAUUUGUUUUGCUUUUUUUAUUGCAGAACCAAAUUAAUUGUUGACGAAUGGUUUGUCAUUUUAUAACUCCAUUCCUGGUUAUAAAUGUUUCCUUUUUUCAUAUAAAUAGGAUGGGGCUAUUUUAUGCAUAUACUACACAAACCUUUCUGGUAUAUCACUGUGAAGACAAACUGUACAGAAGCUUCUAAAGGUCAAUAAUGUCCCUCCUUAUACAGUAGUGUCCCCUUCUAUGUAUUCCAGUUCUGUAAUAGAUCUCUGCAUAUUAGUAGUAAGUGCGAAACACAAGAUACUCUGAAGAAAUGUGAGUUUCUAUACAUUUGUAUAAAACAGUAUAUGGGGAUUGUGUGCUAAGUCAUUCCCUAUGUUUUGCUCACGUCAUUUGCUCCGCUUAUUGUCACUUACAGUAAUUUCCAUAAAACUUGACGUAUUUUUGUACAAUGCAAUGGAAACAGUAAAGGUCCUUAAAUAUUAUCUAUAAUUUUCCAAGAGUGUAUAAACUUAAAACAUUGUAAUGAAUACCACGGAUAUUGACGGAACUGUGUGCAUCUGGAAUGUUGUCUUUACCAUUGAGAGAAUUUAAUUGUCGCAAGCAGGGAAACUGUUGUAUUGUUUACUUAGCUGCAAUUUCCGUCAAGUGUCUCUUUUUAAUAAAAAAAACAAAACUACAGUUUGUACUUAUGCAACAUAAAAAUGUAUUGCACUGAGGCAAGUCAUGUCAUGUAAAUAUAUUUAGUGAGAUAUUGUAAAAUAAAAUAUGAAGAAACUUCA